UGGAGAGGACGGCAGCAAGCGCACCGGGAUUCCCGCACAUUCACCACAUUUGAUUUCACGUGUGUAAAAAUGACGUCACAGCGGAGAUGCCCCCAGCUCCUUCUCCUCUUUGCGCUCUUCAGCGUGCUCUACUCCAGGACGCUCAGUCUGCCCUACGCAUCCAUGAGACCGACGAGACACGCGGACGGGCUUUUCACCAGCGGCUACAGCAAACUUCUGGGGCAGCUUUCAGCCAGGAGGUACCUGGAGUCUCUGAUUGGGAAGAGAGUCGGUGACGAGCUGAUGGACGAGCCGGUCAAGCGCCACUCGGACGCCAUCUUCACGGACAACUACAGCCGCUUCCGCAAACAGAUGGCCGUCAAGAAGUACCUCAACUCGGUCUUAACGGGGAAGAGGAGUUUAGAAAAUGUGGGCACGGGUGAUCAGGAAGAGUCCCGGGACGACCCCAACGCUCUCCAGGAGAACUACGACGACAUCAACGUCGAGCACCUGCUAAACGACUUCCAGCUGCCGCUUUGAGGAGACGUACCGAAGUCCGGAGUCAUCGUGGCGAAAACAUUCGUUCCGGUGACAACGACAACAACGACAACAACAGCAGCAGCAGCAGCAGCAGCAGCAUUCACCCAAAGAUCCCAGCAAG